UUGGCAAUACGAUGGAAAAAUUAAAUUAAUUAAUUAAAUACGCAUCGAGUUUGCACAUUUCGGCAUCUUAUCAGUUAUAUUGUGCAUUUAGUGCAAACCAAAUUAGUAUAAUAUAUAAUAAAGUGUUAUUUUAAUUAUUCAUGUAAACUACAGAACAUCAAAUUUAUAACAUUUUAUCAGCACAAUGCCGAUAUAAAUGUAACAUUUUAACAAAACGUGAAAAAUUUGUUUCCUUUAUUAUUUUCUAACCAACCAAAAUCUUCCUGCUAUUCUCUGGUUCAGUGGUAAGGUGGGGGAUUAAGGAUCGAGAUUGACAGACGGUGGUAUUGUUUAGUUACAUUUUGCUAUUCGUUUUAAGUUCGUUUAUUAUCCGGCAUCCCCAUAGGAAGAUAUAAUGCAGCCGGGAGCCAUAGAAAAUGCAAAUGUGCCUGCCUUUUUGGGCAAAUUGUGGAAGAUGGUAGAUGACCCUGCCACUGAUCACGUUAUCCACUGGGGCCCCAAUGGAAAUAGCUUUAUAAUACGGAACCAGUUUGAUUUUUGGUGUGAGUUGCUGCCAGCUUAUUACAAACAUAAUAAUAUGAGUAGUUUUGUUCGGCAACUCAAUAUGUAUGGAUUUCACAAAAUUGCUUCUAUCGAUAGCGGAAGUAUGGAUGCUGAGAGGGACGAAAUUCAGUUUUACCACCCGUGUUUUCAAAAAGGCCAACCUGAAAAACUAAAGAACAUAAAGCGAAAGGUUACAACUACUAGAGCGCAAGACCCUAGUAAUCAAGAUGAUUUGACGAAAGUACUCACUGAAGUGAAGCAACUCAGAGGCCGUCAAACUAAUAUCGACUCCCAAUUGACUGCAAUGAAACAAGAAAAUACUGUUCUUUGGCGAGAACUUGCACUUUUGCGACAGAAGCAUCUGAAACAACAACAAAUCGUCAAUAAGUUAAUUCAAUUCUUGGUCACGUUAGUUCAGCCCACAGCGCAGAGAAUGAGCGUUGGGGUAAAAAGGCGAAUUCCGUUGAUGUUGCACGAAAGUCCCACUAAGAAAAUGAAGGGCAAGAAAUCCGAAGAUAGGCCAUCGGGCGAAAAUGGCCCUACGAUACACGAACUGGACGCUGACAUUGACAUUAACCCUGAAGACUUAUUAGCGGAAAAUGUUGAGGUGCCAUUGAUUGACAGCCCGGCGACAUCGGGAAAUGUUCCAGAACCACUUCAAAAUGACUCGACCGCUUCGACUGUAGACUUGGGAACCACGAAUAUUGACUUGGGAACUACGGAUGUUGACUUGGGAACCACGGAGGUUUCGCAGGAUGCCUUAAAUAACGACUUUAUUUGGGACAAACCGGAAUUUGUGCAUAUCGACGGGCCCAGCGAUUUGGUAUGCGACAAUGAAGAGGAUCUGAUUAAUACUUUGCAGAACAAUGCUGCAUCUAACGAGCAAAUAUUUUUAAAUCCAAAUAGUCGGGAUGCGCUGAUAAGUAAUUUGACUCAACCACAGACGAGCAGUGCGGCCGCAGGAAUGUCAUUAAGCAAGAAAACCGUUUCUGAACCUAAUACCAAUGAUCAAACUAACCCCAGUAAGGGGAUGUCUGGGGAAGACCUUGACGUCCACUUGGACAACACUCAGAGCGAGCUGGAUCAAUUGAAAGAUAUGUUGAACGGAUGCACAUCGUUCGAUGCCAAUGCUUUACUAGGAGUAAGUAAAUGCCCUUCUUCUGUUGAUGUUGAUGCUAAUGGUUUGCUGGGAGUAAGUAAUAUUUUAAUUAUCUGGGCGACUAAUACAAUUGUUGCCACUAUAGGGUAUAGUGUAUAUGUCGCCUUAAAUACAAUUUUUUAACAUACACUUUGGUGUCCUAUUAAAAGUUUUGAGAGACGGAAAAUAAUAGUCGGUAACGUGUUUUUCAGUUCUCAGAACUUUUAAUAGGAAAUUUGUGACGUAAAUGACCGUUAUAUUUUAAUUAUAUCAUUGAUCCCAGUUUAGCUCUUAGAAAAGAUUUUUUGUAUCCAGCUUUUCAGCGAUAACGAACCAGAUUUUGAGUUACCCGAAUCGAAUGGUUUGUGGGAAAGGGACUACUAACGCAACUAAUCGAUUACUUGGUUUCAAGGAUAUACUCGACGAGUUGAUUAGCAUGCAAGAGGACUGGUCCCUUUCAGGUUGGGAUGUGCUGGGUGUUCCGGACUUAAGCCCUACUCAGAAAGACAAAAAAUUCCAGUAAUAAUAAACAACCAGCCCCGAUUUCCAGGCAACGCGUAAUUUGCUUUGGGGUUGCAAAUUUGCAUUUUUUUGUUUGCAACUUUUACUCCAAUAAGAUUUUUUCUAUUUAUGAUUUCCACAAAAAAUUGUAAAUUUUGCAGGUGCCGCAGAAUAAAUCUUUUGUUUUUUUUUUUUGGAGAAUUUGGUCAUGUAACCGUUUUUAUUUUAUUUAAAGUUUGUUUCUUUAGAGUAGGAUACUUGGAGAAUAUUGUUUUAAAUUGGUCCGAAAAUGGACAAAGGCACCAGUAAAAUUUUGCAACUAUGUUCAACGUUUCAUUUUUAUUAAAUAAAUAUUCCAUUCAAGUUAUGUAAAGCAUUAAUUUGCAUGAAUAUCUAGGGAGCCAUUAAAUUGAUAGUAGAUUUUCCAAAAAUCAGUUUUCAGGUUCUAAGAAUCUCUGUUUAGGGAUCUAAUUUUUUGUACUGGUCAAGUAGAUUAUAUUUAUCAAUGCAGAGCAUUUUGUUGCUGGUAUAUUUCUGAUUUAUGCUAGCAGAGGUCAUUAGACCUUUGCUAGGAUUAUAACAAAUUGACAUCUGAAAUUAUCAUAAAGCAACAUUGUGAGCUGUUGCGACAAAUAAAAUUCAUGCACUAUAAUGCUUCCAGAUGGUUUUGGUGAAUAGUAUCUUAAGUUACAUUUGAAUGUCUUAAAAUAAUCAGGGACUCAGGUUUUUGUAACAUGUUUAAUAAAAUGUUGUUCGAUUUUGUAGCCAUUUUAGAUGUCUAACAGUCUCUAGUGAUCCACACCAUCUCACAUACGAAUACACGGCUCCUAAAAUAAAAGUAAAAUAUUUUCUAUUGUAUAUCUUGUUAUAAUAAAGUAUAUUUUUAAAUGUU